GGCUGGAAGUGCCCGGCGCGGAGGCGCUGGAGGGGGCGGGGGGCCGAGCCGGCGCUUUAUAAGAGGAGCCCGCCAGGCGCGCCGAGCCGCAGCCCGCGUCCCCGAGCCCCCCCUCACCCCAGCCCGGAACCCCCCCACCCGCAGCUUGCGCUCGUGCCCCCUCCCCCACGCCCCCCGGGGCGCCUGGGUGUCGAGGGACAGAGCGCCCCGCGGUGGGCCAGAGAAGGGAAGCGCGGCGGGCGGCCGCGGGGCAUGAGGCGGGGGCGCGAUGUCGGUGCCGCUGCUCAAGAUCGGGGCUGUGCUGAGCACCAUGGCCAUGGUCACCAACUGGAUGUCGCAGACGCUGCCCUCGCUCGUGGGGCUCAACGGCACCGUGUCCCGUGCGGGCGCCUCCGAGAAAAUCACUCUCUUCCAGAGCCCAGAAGAGGGCUGGCAGCUGUACACCUCAGCCCAGGCCCCUGACGGGAAAUGCAUCUGCACGGCUGUGAUCCCAGCGCAGAGUACCUGCUCUCGAGAUGGCAGGAGUCGGGAGCUGCGGCAACUGAUGGAGAAGGUCCAGAAUGUCUCCCAGUCCAUGGAGGUCCUUGAGCUGCGGACGUAUCGCGACCUCCAGUAUGUACGCGGCAUGGAGACCCUCAUGCGGAGCCUGGAUGCGCGGCUCCGGGCGGCUGAUGGGUCCCUCUCUGCCAAGAGCUUCCAGGAGCUGAAGGACAGGAUGACAGAACUGUUGCCCCUGAGCUCGGUCCUGGAGCAGUACAAGGCAGACACACGGACCAUUGUACGCCUGCGGGAGGAUGUGAGGAAUCUCUCCGGCAGUCUGGCGACCAUCCAGGAGGAGAUGGGUGCCUACGGGUACGAGGAUCUGCAGCAGCGGGUGAUGGCCCUGGAGGCCCGGCUCCACGCCUGCGCCCAGAAACUGGGCUGUGGGAAGCUGACCGGGGUCAGUAACCCCAUCACCGUUCGGGCCAUGGGGUCCCGCUUCGGCUCCUGGAUGACUGACACGAUGGCCCCCAGUGCGGAUAGCCGGGUCUGGUACAUGGAUGGCUAUUACAAGGGCCGCCGGGUCCUGGAGUUCCGUACCCUGGGAGACUUCAUCAAAGGCCAGAACUUUAUCCAGCACCUGCUACCCCAGCCGUGGGCGGGCACGGGCCACGUGGUGUACAACGGCUCCCUGUUCUAUAACAAGUACCAGAGCAACGUGGUGGUCAAAUACCACUUCCGCUCGCGCUCCGUGCUGGUGCAGAGGAGCCUCCCGGGCGCCGGUUACAACAACACCUUCCCCUACUCCUGGGGCGGUUUCUCCGACAUGGACUUCAUGGUGGACGAGAGCGGGCUCUGGGCUGUGUACACCACCAACCAGAACGCGGGCAACAUCGUGGUCAGCCGGCUGGACCCGCACACCCUCGAGGUCAUGCGGUCCUGGGACACCGGCUACCCCAAGCGCAGCGCCGGCGAGGCCUUCAUGAUCUGCGGUGUGCUCUACGUGACCAACUCCCACCUGGCUGGGGCCAAGGUCUACUUUGCCUAUUUCACCAACACGUCCAGUUACGAGUACACGGACGUGCCCUUCCACAACCAGUAUUCCCACAUCUCGAUGCUGGAUUACAACCCCCGGGAGCGCGCCCUCUAUACCUGGAACAACGGUCACCAGGUGCUCUACAAUGUCACCCUGUUUCACGUCAUCAGCACCUCUGGGGACCCCUGAGCCAAUGCUGUGGCUCAGGCUGCUGCCUGGGGGGCCUCCGGGGGCUGGGGGCCCUUUUCAUUCUGCCUGUGUCCCUCAAGGGUGAUCUCUCUGUCUCUGUCAUGCCCUUUCUCCCCGCCUUUUUGCUGGGCUUUUGUUCUCUGCCUGUGUAUUUCUGUCUAUUUUCUCAAUUUCCCCUCUUCUCCUUUAUUGAUCCCUGCUUUUAAUACACUUCUUUCUUUCUGCCUUUUUAUGGAUGUCUUUUUCUUUUUAUGGCUCUGGUUCUCCAGUUCUUUCCCUGUCUCUGCCUCUCUCUGUCUCUCUCACUCUCUCUGUCCUUCCACCCCUCCCUCCUUGCUUCCCACCCAUUCCUCAUCCCUCACUUCCACCCCCACCCCCAGGAGUUGAGUGCAUGGAUCUGUUUCUUUUUUUAUUUACACUUUUUCUUUCCGGUUUGCCGGAAUAAACGGGACCUUUGACAUUUGA